CUUGGAGACGGGGAAGACGGUAAAGAGGCCCCUGUGAAGAUCCAGGUGAGAGAAGAGGCUCGGAAUCCCCUCCCUGCCAAAGAGCAGCUUCCUACGGGGGAAAGGGUUUGAGGCAGGUGGCACCUCCCUGAGCCUUGGUUUACUCCCAGCGUGACAGGCAAGGACACUGCUGGCUGAACCACGCAGCUGGCACCACGGGCAGAGCCCCGGUUGGGGUUGCCGCCGCCCUCCACGCCGGGAGCAGGCCAGCGGCCCUCAGAGCACGAGGCCCCGCCCCGGCCCCGCCCCAGGCCUGGAUUGGCUCAGGUAGGAGGCGGGGCAAGUGCGCCCGCCUCUCCGGGCUUUUCCCCAUUGGUGGUCUCGGCGGCGCGAGCCCGGAAGCGGACGGGGGCGGAGGCCGCGGAGGCGGAGGCGCCUCGGGCCCGCCGGGGUUGCGGCGCUGUCCUCGACUUUCGGCUCCUCCGACCCGCGGCCAGGCAGCAAUGCAUCCCCAGCCUCCGGGCCCGUUGGGCGACUGCCUGCGGGACUGGGAGGAGCUGCAGCAGGACUUCCAUGGCAUCCAGGAGACCCACCGGCUGUACCGCCUGAAGCUGGAGGAGCUGACCAAGCUGCAGAACACCUGUAUCAGCUCUAUCACUCGGCAGAAGAAGCAGCUCCAGGAGCUGGCCCUUGUCCUGAAGAAAUGCAAACCCUCCCUCCCGUCAGAUGCCGAGGAAGCUGCGCAGGAGCUAGAAAACCAGAUCAAGGAGCGACAAGGCCUUUUCUUUGAUAUGGAGGCCUACUUGCCCAAGCAGAAUGGGUUGUAUCUGAGCCUGGUUCUGGGCAACGUCAAUGUGACACUCCUGAGCAAGCAGGCUAAGUUUGCCUACAAAGACGAAUACGAGAAGUUCAAGCUCUACCUCACCAUCAUCCUCAUCCUCAUCUCCUUCACCUGCCGCUUCCUCCUCAACUCCAGGGUGACAGACGCAGCCUUCAACUUCCUGCUGGUCUGGUACUACUGCACCCUGACCAUCCGGGAGAGCAUCCUCAUCAACAACGGCUCCCGGAUCAAAGGCUGGUGGGUGUUCCAUCAUUACGUGUCCACGUUCCUGUCGGGAGUCAUGCUGACAUGGCCCGACGGCCUCAUGUACCAGAAGUUCCGGAACCAGUUCCUGUCCUUCUCCAUGUACCAGAGCUUUGUGCAGUUCCUGCAGUAUUACUACCAGAGCGGCUGUCUGUACCGCCUGCGGGCCCUGGGCGAGAGGCACACCAUGGACCUCACUGUGGAGGGCUUCCAGUCCUGGAUGUGGCGGGGCCUCACCUUCCUGCUGCCCUUCCUCUUCUUUGGACAUUUCUGGCAGCUUUUUAACGCGCUGACGCUGUUUAACCUGGCCCGAGACCCCGCGUGCAAGGAGUGGCAGGUGCUCAUGUGCGGCUUCCCCUUCCUCCUCCUCUUCCUUGGCAAUUUCUUCACCACCCUGCGGGUUGUACACCAGAAAUUCCACAACCAGCAGCACGGGAGCAAGAAAGAAUGAGGCUGGGCUUUCCCUGUCUGCCGGCACAGCUCCGUACGGCACCCCCAGCCCGGAAGGGGCUUCUGAACCCCAGUGUUGAGGGGGUGGGGGCUCCUCUCCUCCGGGAGGGUCUCAUCUGCUCUCCCCUGGGUUUUGUGGGCUCUGUGGGCCCUGAAGGUGGCGCUGGAGAGGAAGACCUAGGGCUGUGUCCCCAUCUUGUGGGAGCUGGGGGCCAGGGGCCUCAAUAAAGGACGAGAGGCUCA